AUGGACGGAGGGCAAUACAACACCCAGGAAAUUAUAAAUCAGAAAGAAACUCAAAACAACAACUUAAACCUAAAAUGUAAUCAGGUUCUACGACCUCACCAGAAUAAUUUACUGUGGAUCCACAGGUCCAACGUGACCUUCCAGUUUUUCUCCCAGGACUACCAAGUGGAGCCAACACCGCCAGGACCAACGGGGACGCUUUUCACUCGUGCAGCUCCUCAGGAACUAAACGUGUCUGUUGUGGCGGUCGAAGGGACGAAGACCCUGCUGUUGGGAGCUUUUCUGGAGCACCGCACUUAUAAGAAAAAGGUCCGUGUCAAUGCAGUGGUGCUGAGGAAAGAGAGAGUUGCCUAUUGCUGCCUCCUCCGUUGCCAAGGGCAACUGCAUACCUCUGGCAGUUUCUGCAGCAUCCACAAUGAUCACUUUGGUUUUCCAUACGGGACGGCUGACAUCCUCUGUUACCUCCCCUCAGGCUGUCAGAGCCCAUCUCACGUCACUGUGACCACAGCUGCAGCCAAAUCUAAAGGUGCACCUGAUGAAAACUUUUUGGAGGUGAAGAACCACAAGAAGCGGAGUGACUCCUUUCCUUACAACUUCACUGUCUGCUUCUCCACCAUGUAUAAUUUCACCAACGUGCUGCAGCUGGUUCAGAGUUUGGAGAUGCUGCAGCUCCUGGGGGUUAACCGAGUCGUCAUCUAUAAGACCAACACCAGCCCUGAAACUCAGCGCAUACUGGACUACUACACACAGAAAGGUGGAUCCCUCACUAACGAGGUCAUUAAGGUCAACUCACGUGACCUCAGCGUCUCUGUAGGGGUCACGUUCACAGAGUCUGAAGCCUGUGACGCUGCACCGCUCAGUUAG